GCCAACCUGGAGAAGAUGUGCCGCACCCUGGAAGAUCAGCUGAGUGAGCUUAAAACGAAGGAGGAGCAGAAUCAGCGCAUGAUCAACGACCUCAAUACGCAAAGAGCUCGUCUGCAGACAGAGUCUGGUGAAUAUUCCCGCCAGGUGGAGGAGAAGGAUGCUCUGAUUUCUCAGCUGUCUAGGGGCAAGCAAGGAUUUACCCAACAGAUUGAGGAACUCAAGAGACAUCUAGAGGAAGAAAUCAAGGUCUGGAAGUACUCUGGUGUCCUCUGCCUACCUGACCCCCAAAAGCGCCUGCAGAAUCCUAACACUAGGCUGCUCCAGUGUUCCUUCCCUAAACACACGUAGGACUGCAGAGAAU